AUGCCUCACUCUAAGCACAGAAUCCGAAAUUUGCAACAAGAAGAUAAUUGCAUUGGAAGACUCCUCGCAAGUGACUCGUCCAGACUCGCAGUAGUUCGCGUCAAGCACUUGGCCCGACACGGUCAGUGCCGUUUCGUCGUCGGUUCGACAACGGUCCAUCCCGCGUUUUCCUUCGCGAUCGCUCCACGUUUUCGGCAAUUGCAUUUGAAGAAGGAACUGGAGUCCUCUUCGUUACGAUGUCGAAACACCUUCAACAUGGAGAAGAAGGAAAUAUACUGUUCCAUUCUACGUAAACGCGACAAAGGAAAAGCUCUGUGAUUUCGUAGAGAGAACAAAGG